AUGCGCAGCUCAGGGCUGCUUGCGGCGGCUAUUCCACGAGUGUCAUUUCGGCGCAUUGCUCAACCCGGAUUGAUUCCUUUAGCCAAUGUCUCCGCCUAUGCCCAGAAGGUGUCGCAUGGUGCAAACAAUUCCCUGAGACAGCACUAUUCGAGCAUCCCCAACGCAUCCUUACAAUCCAGAAUCGCCCAGCAGCCCAAUAUUCUAAAGCCUUUCACAACUAGUAAUCAUGGGCCCCUCUCUUCCAUUGCAAGGCCAGGCUGCCUCCGGAAGGUCCGAUUCCUUUCCGCGACAAUAGUGCGACGUAAUGUAUCCAAUCGCGGACCCUCGAACAACCCCGAGAAUGCAAGAAUGGAGCUGGAGGAAAGGGAAAAAGCGGCCUUGGAAGAAAUACACAGGGGUUUCGAGCGCACGGAAAAGGCGUCCCAGGCAGCAAAAAUAGACCUCAGCGCAAGGCUGGCGAAGGAUUCAGGCGGGAAAAAGGCCGGUUUUGGAGAGGUGUGGCGUUUGCUGAAGAUUGCUCGUCCAGAGGCCAAAGUCCUGUCCAUUGCAUUCCUCUGCCUGCUCAUCUCGUCAUCUAUCACCAUGUCCAUUCCAUUCUCCAUCGGCAAGAUCCUGGACAUCGCGACGCACGGCAGCCCGGAGGGCGGCAAUGAAUUGUUCGGUCUCACGCUUCCCGUCUUCUACGGUGUCCUGGGCGGUGUUCUUGCCCUGGGAGCAGCAGCAAACUACGGCCGGAUCAUCAUUCUACGGAUUGUGGGUGAACGAAUCGUUGCGAGGCUAAGAUCAAAACUCUUCCGGCGGACUUUCAUCCAGGACGCCGAGUUUUUCGACGCGAACCGAGUCGGAGAUUUGAUUUCUCGGCUGAGCUCUGAUACGAUAAUCGUUGGCAAGAGUAUUACACAGAACCUUUCGGACGGGUUGCGAGCUUUUGUUAGCGGUGCUGCUGGCUUUGGCUUGAUGGCAUUCGUUAGUCUCAAACUGUCGAGUGUUCUUUUAGUCCUGUUACCGCCAUUAGCGCUUGGGGCAUUCUUUUACGGAAGAGCGAUAAGAAAUAUCAGUCGCAAGAUUCAGAAAAAUCUGGGUGGCCUGACAAAAAUUGCGGAGGAGCGGCUGGGAAAUGUGAAGACAAGUCAGGCUUUUGCAGGGGAAAUUUUGGAAGUUAAUCGAUAUAAUAAGCAAGUCAGGAAGAUUUUUGAUCUUGGAAAGAAAGAAUCGUUUGUUAGCGCAACGUUCUUUAGCUCGACUGGUUUGAUGGGCAAUAUGACCAUCCUGAGUUUACUAUAUGUUGGCGGCGGGAUGGUCCAGUCUGGUGCGAUUUCGAUUGGCGACUUAACUUCAUUCCUCAUGUAUACUGCUUACGCCGGCUCAAGCAUGUUCGGCCUCUCCAGUUUCUAUUCAGAACUGAUGAAAGGUGUCGGUGCUGCCAGCCGGCUGUUUGAACUUCAGGACCGCAACCCUACAGUCUCUCCCACCAAAGGAGACAAGGUCUUAUCCGCACGAGGACCAAUUCGCUUCAGGGACCUGGAUUUCAGCUAUCCCACCAGACCUGCCGUUACAAUAUUUAGAGAGCUCGACUUCGAAAUUCCUCAGGGAAGCAAUGUUGCGAUCGUCGGCCCAUCAGGAGGCGGUAAAUCAACCAUUGCUUCCUUAUUGCUCCGAUUCUAUAACCCUACCAAGGGUCAAAUCCUGAUAGAUGGCAAGGAUAUUUCUACAAUGAAUGCCAAAUCGUUGCGAAGGAAGAUCGGUGUCGUCUCACAGGAGCCGGUACUUUUCUCCGGAACUAUAGCUGAGAACAUAUCAUACGGAAAGCCUAACGCGACAAGGACGGAAAUCAUCGCCGCAGCACGUAGAGCGAAUUGUCAAUUUAUAAGCGAUUUUCCUGACGGUCUUGAUACCCAUGUCGGCGCACGCGGGGCCCAACUUUCUGGAGGUCAAAAGCAACGGAUUGCCAUCGCUCGCGCUCUCAUCAAGAAUCCUGACAUCCUUAUCCUAGAUGAAGCCACAUCCGCUUUGGAUGCCGAAUCUGAGACCCUAGUCAACAGUGCCCUCGCUGCACUUCUUCAGGGAAAUCUCACAACCAUCAGUAUCGCUCAUCGCCUCUCAACCAUCAAGCGCUCUGAUACCAUUGUCGUGCUCAGCUCAGACGGCCGCGUUGCCGAGCAAGGCACUUACAAAGAACUGAGCUCGCGGCCGGAUGGCGCUUUCACGAAACUUAUGGAAUGGCAAAUGAGCGGUGGAGAGGGUGGUGUUGGGCCGUUGCCGCAUUACGAUAGCUCUGCAGGACGGGGCCCGCCGUCUGAGACGGAGGAAUUGCAACAAAUGCUACAGGAAGGGGACGAGGAUUAUGCAGAGGAUGACGAUGCGGAAACGGAGUCCGAGAGAGAGGUAGUUGAUGAGCAAAAGGUGGAGAAAAAAGAUGAGGAAGCUUCUUCUGGACGGGAUGGUGCUGUGGUUGGCGUGGAAGAAGCGGAGCAUCGACGAUCAAAAUAG